UGCUGGCCGUGCUCCUGGCGGGGCUGCUCGGCGGGGUUCGGGGGUUCGGCGAGGAGGAGGAGCGGCGCUGCGACGCCAUCCGCAUCGCCAUGUGCCAGAACCUGGGCUACAAUGUCACCAAGAUGCCCAACCUGGUGGGACACGAGCUGCAGGCGGACGCGGAGCUGCAGCUCACCACCUUCACCCCCCUCAUCCAGUAUGGCUGCUCCAGUCAGCUUCAGUUCUUCCUUUGUUCGGUCUAUGUCCCGAUGUGCACGGAGAAGAUUAACAUCCCCAUAGGUCCCUGUGGUGGCAUGUGCCUCUCAGUCAAAAGGAGAUGUGAACCCGUUCUAAAAGAAUUUGGAUUUGCCUGGCCAGACAGCCUAAACUGCAGCAAAUUCCCACCCCAGAAUGAUCACAACCACAUGUGCAUGGAGGGUCCAGGAGAUGAAGAAGUUCCCCUUCAUAGCAAGACCUCCUUGCAGCCGGGAGAAGAGUGCCACAGCAUGGGAUCUAACUCGGAUCAGUACAUCUGGGUGAAGAGAAGCUUGAACUGUGUCCUGAAGUGUGGCUAUGAUGCUGGUCUCUACAGCAGGUCAGCAAAGGAGUUCACAGAUAUCUGGAUGGCAGUGUGGGCCAGUCUUUGCUUCAUCUCAACUGCCUUCACAGUCCUGACCUUCCUGAUUGAUUCAUCGAGAUUUUCCUACCCGGAGCGCCCAAUCAUAUUUCUGAGCAUGUGCUACAAUAUUUAUAGCAUUGCUUAUAUUGUGAGGCUAACUGUGGGCCGGGAAAGGAUAUCCUGUGAUUUUGAAGAGGCAGCAGAACCUGUUCUUAUCCAAGAAGGUCUUAAGAACACAGGAUGUGCUAUAAUUUUCUUGCUGAUGUAUUUUUUUGGGAUGGCUAGCUCCAUCUGGUGGGUUAUUCUCACACUGACGUGGUUUCUGGCUGCAGGACUCAAAUGGGGCCAUGAAGCUAUAGAAAUGCACAGCUCUUAUUUCCACAUUGCAGCCUGGGCUAUUCCUGCAGUGAAGACCAUUGUGAUUUUAAUUAUGAGACUGGUAGAUGCAGAUGAGCUCACAGGUCUGUGCUACGUUGGGAACCAGAACCUCGAUGCGCUGACGGGCUUUGUCGUCGCUCCGCUUUUUACUUACUUGGUCAUUGGGACUUUAUUCAUUGCAGCGGGACUUGUGGCUUUGUUUAAAAUCAGGUCUAAUCUUCAGAAAGAUGGAACUAAAACUGACAAACUGGAAAGGCUGAUGGUCAAAAUUGGUGUCUUUUCAGUGCUGUACACCGUCCCAGCAACAUGUGUCAUUGCCUGCUAUUUCUACGAGAUCUCCAACUGGGCCGUAUUCCGCUAUUCAGCAGAUGAUUCCAAUAUGGCAGUGGAGAUGCUCAAAAUCUUCAUGUCCCUCCUGGUGGGUAUUACAUCAGGUAUGUGGAUCUGGUCAGCCAAAACUCUGCACACGUGGCAGAAGUGCUCAAACAGACUGGUGAACUCAGGGAAAGUGAAACGGGAGAAGAGAGCAGAUGGUUGGGUGAAACCUGGAAAAGGGAACGAGACCGUGGUAUGAGAGAAAGACAACACCCUGAUGGUCUCACUGCUCUCCUGGGAAGGACUGGUCAUGUGUAAGCAUUGCCAUGUAAAUGUUGGAAGUAGAGUAGUGAGAUGGUUACACAACCUGUCUCUAGGGGAUGGGGAAAAAAAAGCCUUAACAAAUACACAGCAGAAAGAUCAUGCUGCAGAUACAAUAGCCAUAAACCAUGCUGCCCAAAAUAGGAAAGCCCAGAGAGGCUUCAAAAACUGUGAAAUAUCCAAACACGUUAUCUUUUUUGGUUUUGUUUUUUUUAAAGCAGGCUGCAAUAUACUGAAGUCUUCAGAAGCUGAGGGACUGUAGUCCAUAGCUGUGGGAUGUUGUUUUCUUUUCAUUGUCUUAUAGCUGAUGGAGGAAAGGUGGUCUGGGGCCAAAUUCUGGGCUGAUUUAGGUUCAGUUUAUCAGAAGGUGGAGCACCCGGGAUCUCAGAGUCUUCUUUCUGAGUUCAGCCCUGUGAAGAAGGUGCUUCCCCAGGGGGAUGUCUGUAUGCCCUGGGGAAUUCUUUUGCUCCUACAUGCUGCACAACUCAGCCAAUGAUUGGGACCUCCAACAAAUACCAAGUGGACUUUUCAGGUCUGAGAGUUAACCAUGAUGAGUAGGAUUGAGUGAAGUAUUAGUCAGGAUGAUUUUUUAAGUCAUCUGAUGGUCUCAAUAAUUUUGACUCAUUCUUUUUACCAUCUGUAACCUGGUUUGAAUUGAGAGUUGGCUCUGCCUUGCAGUGAUUUGGACCUCCCAAGGUUCCUUUCCACCUGAAUUAUUCUGGGGUUCUAUGAGUAUUUCUAAUUUUGUAAAAGCUUUAUUCAAGGAUGUUAUUAAAAUUAGAAGAGUCAGUGGGAGCUAGGAAACCAUGUAUGGUUGUCUGCAUUGGUUAUUGUUAUCUGUCUGCCUCUGUUCCUGUCCCUUCAGGUGCUCCAGUGGACUACUUUAUUCUGCUGCUUUAAUAGCUUUAAAUAAAGUCUUACAUUCUACUGUUCCUUCCUCCUGGAAAGCAAAAAAUUAGUUGAGGGUCUCUUCCAACAAUGCCAGUUUUCUCCAAGUAAACUUAAUCUGGCUCUCUCUGGAGACCCGUUGCAUGAAGCAAUUAAGUCUUAAUAUAUUUAAUUCAGUGUGAUGUUAUCUCUGCAGACGCCAGUCUGGGGAGAAGCAAAAUGUUAAGUUCCUUGGCAACCUCAAGUUCACACAGAUCAGUUGUACAAUUAUGUGUGUCAGUUACAAUUAAAAGAACAUUCUUAGCCCAUGACAUCGCAGUACACCCUCACAUUAAUGCUCCAAUUGCUCACUGACAGCUAUGGAGAUUUUUUUUUUUAAAUAUAUAUUUAUAUGCAGAAUGUGAGCAGACAUUCAGUCCUCAGGAAUCACAAGAAACAAUUCCAGUUUUUGUGAAGAGUUCCCAAGAGAAGAGAACUGACUUCUUGUUGAAUAAUAAUGUUUCAUAGCAACUGUUGAGUUUUCUUAUUAUUUUAUUUAUAUCUACUGGCUUGGGCUCAUGAUGAGCUUGGACCUUGUUUUGGGGGCUUGUUUGGCUGGUAAUUAGAAAGGUGAUGCAAACAGAAGUAGCCCAGAAACCCUUAAGAGAACAUGGUUCUGUUGCUCUAGCCAUUUGGAGGACCUUAGGUGUGCCCUAAAGUUUUGCUUCAUUGGCUUAUCUGAAUCCUGGCCAGCAUCUCCCCCGUGCCCCAACUGGCACAGCCUCUGAGAACAGACAUUACUUCAGUCCUUGCUCUUCACACAGGUGCCCCAUCUGCUUCCUAAACCACAGUUCAUUCCAGCUCUGGCUGUGAGCACUAAUCUGUCCCAGGAACAUGUAUUGUUUCAAUGUCAAUGUUGAAGCAUGUGCUAGAGUGCAUUAAAAAAAAAAAA